AUGGCUGAGGUCGGCCGGGAGCAAGGCGGGCCCAGCACCGCACGACGCAAGAGACCCUCAAGUAAAGCCAGAUCCCAGGUCGCGAAUGAUUGGCCCGAGCCUGGCGAGACACGAUCUCGUGCCUCGCGUCGUUCGAAGCGCCAUGUUCCUGCGGAUAUAGAUGUCGAUGUCGUUGAGACCCCCACCUCUUCGACUUCCUCCUCGUCCGACGAGGACGACGACGUGGACAUCAAGACGUCGUCGAGGACGAAGCUCAAACGUCGUCGGGUCCGUCAACGCCGCCGAGAGCCUGCCAGUUCGACGAGCACUACCUCUGACUCGGAUACGUCAAGCACGCCCCCGAGAACGCCACUGAAAUCUCCUCGGGCCGCUAAGCGUUCCUCGAGCUCGCGGGUGCCCAACGCCUCGGAUUCGGCACCCAACAUGUCUCGUCACCACCACCCGACCUAUGUCGGAGUUAUUGAAGAGGCAGAAGACGAUGACGAAGUUGCCCAGACACUCCCAUCUCGUCCUGCGAGUCGCCAGACCGUGUCCCGUCGUGACGUCAGCCCCCGGUCUGUCCACCGCUACCGGUCGACCCCUGAGUCCAGGCGUUCUCCAAGGACACCUGUGUCCGAUUCCGACGACGAUGCUACUGAUGCCACUUCCGACUCAGACGACCGCAUCCAUCUCUUCCGUCGCAAGCAGCUUCCUGCUGUUCCAAGUGCCCCCCCGCCGCCUAACAUGCACAACUCGUUAAAGGAGCGUCUGGGCGGUCGUGACCCCGAUGAGACUGCCUACGAAGAUGACGCCGACGCUAUUUCGAGGUACGCGCCGUCUACAAGACAUCGGUCCAGGUCUCGUCCGCCAGAGAACAGGCGGGAUCUGGAUGAGUAUCGUCGGCCCAGAGACAUCACCGUUUCCAGUCCACCAAGUGUCGACGAGACUCGUUCUCGCUCUAGGUCUAGAAGGCCUUCAAAAAGGCAUUAUGAAUCCGAUGCCUAUGUGUCUAGACCGUCCUCCUCACAGAAGAGACUCCAUGCAGCAUCAUCCCAGAGUCUGAGUUCAGAAGCCAAACGAUCGACUCUUUUUGGCGGCGCUGCGGCCUCCUCUGUCCAUCCCGCGCGGCAUGACAAGAUGCUUGACCGUCUGACGACGUGUGUGAGCUGCGGCAAUGAGGCCACUCCUGACGCUGGCGAAGAGGUCGUCCCAGGUCAGCUGGAUAUCCGGCGCAAACCAUUCAACUACACAUCGGCGUAUGAGUCGCGGGCGCCUUCUCCCACUCGGGAUUACCGUUCGGAUUUUGUUCCCAUGCAAAGCCCUACUCUUCGGGUGCGGCCAACAAGCUACGACGACGAAGUCUUCUGGCGCCGAAUGCAUGACCGCCAGCGUGAUGAGCACCUUGCGCGCAGGAUGCAUUCUUUCGAUGUUUUCGGUCAUCAUGAGAGCCACGUCGAUAGGGCUGGCGACGAGGAUUAUGAGUAUGAAGAGCAGCGUGGUCGUCGUCGUCGUCCUGAAAAGUCUCGAAGCUAUCCCGUCGCCUUUCUCGACGACGACUAUCGUCUUCGCCGUGCCGCGACGGUUGUUGCUCCAUCGUCCCAACAACCGGCUGUUCCGGAAGUACCAGCGCCUGCUCGAUCGGCAUUCGAGCCUCCAUCAAGACCUGCUCUUGAGCGUGCGGCGUCUGCCUUCGAUUAUCCAACUACUACGCCACGUAGUCGGAGGAUGCGUCAAGCGUCUCCAGAGGGAUAUGGCGAAUAUACUACCAAUCAUUAUACUCCAGAGCGGCGUUGCUGGCAAUCGCCAGAGAAAUGGCAGGGAUUUUCUAGCGAACGACGUGCUCGGUCACACGACAGGCGCCACACAUAUCCGGUCGAGUCUCGCGCGGCGUCUCCCGACGGAUGGCAGCAACUGCCCACGAGGUUCCCAUCUCCUGAGAGGAUAGACACUGCCUCGGAACCCCGACGCCGUGCUCAUUCCUUAGAAAGGCCUCGCGCAUCGUCACUCGAGAGGCGCCUUGCUGACCGCUUCAACCCCGAAACCAGGGCAGCCCCGGCCGCAGCUACCAUCCCUACUAGCCCGGCCGGACCGGUUGGCCAUCACCUCGGCACUCUCGGGCCUUUGGGCCCUCUUAGUCCAGCCAUGUUCCCGCCACAUCCUCCCCCCCUAACGGCCCCGGGUGCCCCGGCCAUGCCUAUGGUCUCCAUGCCUCCUCCUGCUAUGCAUGGCGUCCCUCACCCGCCCGCGAUGCUCCGUCACCCCAUGGAAGAGGACAUGUAUCACCCAGGCAUGCAUGGCGCCCUUCCAUCGCAUCCAGGUCCCGCCGACUGGUACGCCCCAGCCAGUAUGCCGCACACCGGGAUGCCGAGCAUUCCUCACCCACAUGCUCCUGACAUGUUGACGGGUCCGACGACUGCGACUAUGGAUCCUCUUGCUGUGGUAUCUCCCCGUACGCCUAAUUUCAAGAGGCGACUGAGAGAGCAUCACAAGAUGGAGCCUCCACGGUCGAGCGUUCUGGCUGGGCUGGCGGGCCCUGGAAGAGGAAUGCACCGUGUGUAUGAGUGGGUUAAUUAUGUUGAGCCUGGGCCACCAGACGCUGAGCCGCCUGCCACGGUGGUUUGA